AUGGUGGCAAUUGGAAACGCUCAUGACGACUUGAUCCAUGACGCUGUCUUGGACUACUACGGCAAACGAUUGGCUACCAGCUCUUCUGAUAAGACCAUCAAAAUAUUUGAAAUCGAGGGCACUGAAAACUACAAGCUAGUUACAACUUUGACUGGACACGAAGGUCCUGUGUGGCAAGUAGCAUGGGCACACCCCAAGUUUGGUUCCAUAUUGGCCUCGUGCUCCUAUGAUGGUAGAGCACUUAUUUGGAAGGAACAACCUGAAACUCAACAAUGGUCUAUUAUUGCCGAACACAGCGCACACCAAGCCAGUGUCAACUCUGUUAGUUGGGCUCCCCAUGAAUUAGGUGCAGUAUUGUUGGUUACAUCUUCUGACGGCAAGGUCUCCGUGGUGGAUUUCAACGAGGACGGCACCACUUCUCAUGUCAUAUUCGAUGCACACGCCAUAGGUAUCAAUUCUGCUUCGUGGGCUCCAUUGAACAAUACCAACUCCAAAGACGCUUCUGUAUUAAAGCAGCAACGUAGGUUUGUUACUUGUGGUUCCGACAAUUUGGCUAAGAUCUGGAAAUUUGAUGCUGCCUCCAAUUCUUACGUUGAGGAAGCGAAGUUGGAAGGUCAUACCGAUUGGGUUCGUGAUGUUGCUUGGUCCCCAUCUGUUUUGACUCGUUCAUACAUUGCCACUGCGUCGCAAGACCGUACUGUUUUGAUUUGGAGUCAAGAUAACAAUGGAGUCUGGCAAAAACAAUUAUUGACCGAAGAAAAGUUCCCUGAUGUCUGCUGGAGAUGUUCAUGGUCAUUAUCAGGAAACAUAUUGGCUGUUUCUGGAGGUGAUAACAAGGUUAGUUUAUGGAAGGAGAACUUACAAGGAAAAUGGGAAUCUGCUGGUGAAGUCGACCAAUAA